CCCUUUUAUAGCGAUUCUCUCGAAAAUUUUAUUUUUAUAAAUUAGUUCUCAACAAUCUUUUCAGACAUUGGAAGUAUAUUUGAACAAAGAUUUAAAUAUUAAAGAUUGUACUUUGGACGCUUGACCCUAUAAAGAUAAUGUCUGUUGAAUGAAUUGUAUUUUAUAAAGAACACGUCGAUUCGUCGAAUAAUAUAAAUGACUACCUUGUGACGUCGACAGUUGCUAACUAUAAACCAACUUGAACUUCAUAAAUCAUAAAGAAAACGAAGUCAACUGGAGCAAGAAAAUGCAAGAUGGCACAAAGAGUAUUCCUAAAAUUUUCGCCAAUAUUUUUAUUGCAUUUAUCGGCGCCGGAGUUCUCGGCGUGCCGUAUGCGUUCAAGGAGGUAUGAAAUAAUUUGUUUGGAUACAUUAGAAUGUAGCAAUUUUAAAAUAUUGUUUCAUCGAUAUUUUUUCAUGGGGAUUGUAAUUUUAUAAUUAAUUCUGAGAUAACCCUGUUAUCUUGUGUUUUCAUGUAGUUUAACUAGACAAUAGAUAUUCCAGGUACACAAUUCCUGUUAUCAUAUUUUAAUUCUGAGAUAACCCUGUUAUCUUGUGUUUUCAUGUAGUUUAACUAGACAAUAGAUAUUCCAGGUACAAUUCCAUGCCAAUACGUUUGGGUUCUUUCAUUAUCAUGUCUCAUGUAAUUUUGUUAAUUUGAACAUAUUAAUUGUGGUUUAACCCUUUAAGUGGCAUAUUGCACCCAAUUGUAUUAUUUUGUUAAGUUUACUUGUCAAGGGGAGAGCACUGGUGCAUAUUGGGUUAAUUAGACUAUCUGGCCAAGUAUCUAGUAAACCCAUUAAGUUGCAUUGCGGCCUGCUUUAUUAGUUUACGCUCUCUAAUGCCAGUGAUUUGUAUAGAGAAUUACACGGUUUGAGAAGUAUUAAUGAAAAAUCACACAUGUGUUUGGCAAAGGUUGCACAUAGUGUGAUGCGGUUAUUCGGUUAACCGAGAUGAAUCGGUUGUUUUUACAGAUUGGUUUCACAAGUCUUCUAAAUAUCAGAUAACCGACUAACUGAAAAACCGAUUCAAAAUAUAAAAUUCAAAAUAAAAAGACAAACAAGCGUGCUACAUGUGAUCAACAUAAAACUAUAAGCAAGCUACGUUAUACUCUUUGGUGAUUACGCAAUUAAAUCAAUGCUAGAAGCCUAGAAAAGCGCUGCGACUCAAAUGGCGGAUUAAAAGCGGAUCAAAACAAGCUUGAAGCUUCCGGUUUGAUUAGCUAAGAGAAAGGCGGACGUCUGCGAAGAAGUCACGUGGAUAACACACAAGACAUGUUGUUUAUUUUUGUCAAAAUAAUUUCAUUGAUUAAAAGAGUCGGUUAUCUCGGUUAUUUUGUGACGAUUCUCCGUUUCGGUUAUUUUACGAAACCGCAUCAUCCUAGUUGCACAUUAACUGCACACUGAGUUGUAAGGUAUAUAUCUAAAAAUACAUGCAUGCAGCAACCCAUCGCUUUGCUAGCAAAACAGCUAUUGAUAGUGCUGACAGUUUAACCCUAUGACAAUGUAAGAGCUCUUUAACCUAGUUUACAGCCCUGCUUGCAAUAACUAGAAAUUCAUUGAUGCCAUGCAGAUUUAUCUGAUUACUAGGCAGGAGUUAUUGAAGGAACUGUUAUACUGGCAUUUACAGGUUUUGUGAGGUAAAAUAUUAUUUCAUCUAUCACAAUGUGUUUAACUACUGUAUGUUUGUGUUGAUAUGUCUCAAUUCCAAACUUGUCACUUUCCAUCUCCAUGGUAUAUUAACAUAUAGUUUGUCUUACACUUGUCUUACACUUGUGCUGCCCCAGCUCAAAAGGGCCCUCCCAAAGCAACGAUACCCCUUGAAAUUUUUUGAUACAAGAUUGCUUAAUUAACUGAGAAAAUAAAUCCUACCUGUGUCUUAGGCUGGAUAAUAUACAAUAAAGUGUAAUACUGUAUGUUGUAAUUUUAACACUGCUUCUCGAUUCCUUUUUACAAUUAUGACCAAUCUCGUUCCCCGAGCUUGCGAUCCUCGGGAAGGAAUGUGAGGCUCUGGGAUAAUCUGUUUCAGGGAGGAAUCUGAUUGGCCGUUAAAAUAGAAUGCGUAGUUCAAUCUUAGCCAGGAUUCCUGGCUAGGAUUCCUGGCUUCCGGCAACGGAUUAUCCCAGAGCCUUGCGUUCCUUCCCGAGGAUCACAGGCUCAGGGAACGAGAUUGAAUUAUGACAUCAUAGAGAGACCCCUGGGAAUGUUAUGCCCUAGGCCCCGCACAACUUCUCGGCGGCCCUGCCUACAGGUGAUACUAAUUGCGAAAAAUACAUGGGGCUGGAGGAAUGUGGAAAAUUCAAAUGUCUGCUAGACUAAUCUUUUAUAUUCUAAGUAGAUAUGUAUUUAAUAAAUAUGCUGCAAAUGAAUCUUUAUGAAAUCUUAUUGUACCAAUAAGGGGCCAUUCACAAAAUAUGUGAUGUUGUUUUUGCCAACUUUUUUACCCCUCCCUACCCCCUUGUGACAGUGACAGCUAGCAGUACAUCCCAUCAUAAAAUAUGUGACUCUGAACCCCAUAAAAAACUCACAAAACACAAAUUUAAUGUGCAGCAACAGUUUCAAAACGUUAUCUAUAAAUCGACACUAUUUCAAUGCCUUACUAAACCUUGACCUAAACAGUUUCCCACUCACGUUCUCGCUGGUUUGUUGUAUAAACGAGAGUGCCACCUUCUAUGGCGAUGUCAGGGGGAGUAUUUUGAUAGAAAACAUUGAUUUGUCAUCUAAGGGACACAUAUUUGCAUACAUGGUAUUGUUUUGUUAUAGACAGGGUUCACAGGGCUAAAUGUUCCCCUAUACGCCUCUCCGUCAUGUGAUACCGUGUGUGAUACCCAUUGUGAUACCCCUCUUGUGACACUAUGUGACUUCUGAUCAAACACCCCCUUACCCACACGAGCGUCACAUAUUUUGUGAAUGGCCCCUAAAAUAUCUCUCCAAUUCUUAGCACUCGGGCAAUGUUACUUCUGAUUGACUGUAAAUACAAGAUUCUUAGCAGACAACCACAUUAUCAGAAACUGAUUUCCGUGCCUGAUGAAAAACCUGCAAAACAAAGUAACGGUAAUGCUGCUGAUGUUCAGAUCAAAGAACUAAAGCCAAAGGUAAAACCAAAGGUAAUACCAGACAUACAGGUAAUACAGUGCCUUGGAGUAUACGCAACAUAAGUACACCACAGACGCAAAAACAUUUUUCUGAAUAAAUACCAACUCAUGCGAUUCCACACUAAUGAACCCACACAAUGAAUGUAAAGUGAUGCCAAACUUCGUUUUGAUUUAAAAUACCUUUGCAUACAUCCCAGUGAUCCAGGCUCUGUCGACCAAAUCCUUCGUUUCCAUUCAUUUUGUUCCUGCAAGUCUGUCCUUGAUGUUGUCGUUCACCAAUAAUCUCGCUGCUGUCCUUGUUUACCAAUUAUAUAACAACAGUACUACGUCUGUCAAAUUGUCUGAUUCACUCGUAUCAUUAUUAAUAUUUUUAACUGUAAAACUUGUAGAAGAUAGAUAGAAAACUUUAUUUACCCACGCUUUAUUUAUCAACCAAAGCUGAUUUCCACAUGGGGCGUGUAAAAAUGUAAUAAUUAAUAUUUUAUAAGUUUUUUCAGGUGUAAUUUGUAUUAUAAGUAUAGGUUUUUCAGGUGUUAGAAUCUUACUUCGAUAAAAAAAUGUGAGUAGCAAUUUUACUUAGAAAACGUGAUUGACUAACAGCCAACGCCCAACGGUGAAUUCGUUAUUAUUAAGAGGAGAUGAGUGUAUGUUACGUAACACGCGCUCAAAACUAAUGCGUAUAAUAUACCACUUGAGGGUAUGACUAAAUUCAAAAUUUUUAAUUUUUCGAUACGUUUCUCAAUCGGCAAACAAACUUAAAAAGUAUGUUUAGUGUUUUAUCUGUAAAAUAAUGCUAAAAUGAAGAGAUUUUAGAUGAUACGCCAAAGAGAAAAUGAUGUCUGAAGUUCAGUAAGUUUUGCUUAUAUUGGCUGUAAAUAUGGCGUCAAUUUUAAAGCAUCAUUGAUAAUUAUAUUUUAGUUGACAAUUUUUUACUAUUAUUUUAUGUUUCUCAACCGGCAGAUGCAUUUAAAAAGGUAGCUAACUGUAUAAACUAGAGAAUAAAGCUAAAACAAAGUAAUUUUGAGAGGGACGCCAAAAAGAUUUUUUAGGUUUUGAACACUUUUCAUUGCAAAUACGUGACAUUGAAAAAAAUUGCCUCUUAAUAUCAACUCAAUUCCUAACUGCAAUAGUGUCUUCAUUGAUGCAAUAUUAGGUUACCCUGUUGGCCUGUUUAGGUAAAAGUUUUCAUUCAUUCAUGAAAAUGAUUUUUGGUCGACUUAUGCCAUUAGUUCAGAUUUGUCUUCCACCACCGCUACUGUUACCAUAAGGGACAAUCAACCAAUCAGAUCCAUUUGAUAUAUUUGAUUAACCAAUCAGAUGCAUUUGAUAUAUUUGAUUAACCAAUCAGAUGCGUACUAAUUAAGUCAGUGCGAAGUAGUGGUAAUCAUAUCUGAACCUCUCAAAUGUAUGUGGGAAUGAAAUUUUUGAUCAUGCCAGCGGAAAUUCCUCAUGAUUGAUAUACAUGAUAAAGUUUUGUCAUUUUUAGAUUGGCGUUCAUCAUGAUCUGGAAUUUGGUGAUCUAGGUUGGUUCAUUUGAUCAAAGUUAGAUAUGCAAUAAUAAUUCCUUUUAUCUUUCUUCCAUUCUAAAUAUAGCAUCAAUAUGAAAAAGCAGCAUUCUUGGACGAUUGUUAUUCUCUCUACAGGGUGUAUAAAAAAAACUGAACAGAUUUGAAACUGCUCUCAAUUUCGCAAAACACCAAUUUGUAUCCGGUUUUUUAUAUAUAUAUACUUUCUUUGGGUACUUAUAAUGUAGAAUAAUGAAAAAAAUUCUUGAAUUCAAAUUUUGUGAACCAGGGGGGUGUCUUUUUCCAACAAACUAAAAAUGGCUCGCGCACAAAAUUUAAAAGUUGUAAUCAUAUUUUGAUUUAAUAAAUGGAAAAUUUGUCGGGCUUUUAAUUACUGUACAAAAUUUCAGACAAUUUAGUUUAGUUUAAGCCUUUAACUAUUCAUUUUAUUCUAAAAAAUCAGCCUUUCGCAUGCUUAAUUAAUGCCUUUACCUAAUUUGCACAUUGCUGACAUAUGCAAAUUAGGCAAAGGCAUUAAUUAAGCAUGCAAAUAGCUGAUUUUUAGGAAAAAUGUAACUUUGCGUGAAUAGUUAAAGGGCUUAAACUAAACCAAAUUGUCUGAAAUUUUGUACAGUAAUUAAAAACCCGACAAAUUUUCCAUCUAUUAACUCAAAAUAUGACUACAACUUUUAAAUUUUGUGCGCGAGCCAUUUUUAGUUUGUUGGAAAAGACACACACCCCUGGUUCACAAAAUUUGAGUGUGAGAAAUUUUUUUCAUUCUACAUUAUAACCACCCAAAGAAGCUAUAUAUAUAAAAAACCGGAUACAAAUAGGUAUUUUGCGAAAUUGAGAGCAAUUUCAAAUCUGUUCAGUUUUUUUUUAUACACCCUGUAUAGGAUAUAGAUAUCAAUCAAUUACAGUUUAAUUACAUCACAUGUCACCAGAUUGUUAAACUGCUUUCCAAAACAACACGUCUGGCAAAACUACAAGCAUUUUGUUAAUUUUGUCGGCGUGUUGUAAUCCGAUUGUAAAACCAUCUAUAUAUCUAAUGUACGCGUUAAUGUGGCUGGCUCAAGGGUCAGCUAGGGAUAAACCCUACAUGAACCUCGUUGCCAUAUUUCGCAGUCAAAACCACGCAUUCUAGUCACCCUCAAUUUGUUUAUUUGGAUAUUAUUUUAACUUAUUUUUAAUUUGACUUUUUCUGGGUUACAAACACCAAAAUGGUGUAAUCAUUGCAGCUGUUUAUAGGCACUGAUUUAAGGUGGACAUUUUUUCAAUGUUUUGACGAUCGUUUCAGAAAUCGUCUAACUAUGUAGAUCUGCCUUUGGUGUGUAAUGUAACGCUAGUAACUCCAGACGAAGGGCCUUCCCUCGAAAUAAUCGAAAUACUUAUAUUUUUUAGGUAGUUUCAUCCCUAUCAACGAAAGCUUGUUAAAUAAAUAAAUAACACCACUUUUGUGUUAUGGAAACACCAACUUUGGAAAUACCUAAUAAGUGUAUUGAAACACCUAUAACACUUUCUGGGUGUAAAUGAUUGAUGAGUAUAUUUUGUGUUUCCUCAACACAAGAAUAGUGUUAACAUUUACACUAAAUCUAUAUCUACAGAGCUGCAAUGUAAAUUACACUAUUUUGGUGUUGUAGCAACACCCAGAAAUGUACUAGAUAUAUUCCUGUGAAAUUGUUGGCCUACCUUGUAUCAUGUUCCUAUAAUAGAAGUUAGGAACACAAUAUCCACACAUGUCUUGUUUACAUUUUGGACAGUUUGAAAAUCGUAUAUGUGGUUGGCAGAUUGAGUCACAAACACUUUGUUUUCUAUUCAGGAUAUUAUGCCUUGGGGAAAUCUGGAAUUGUGUUAGUUGACGGUCUUGUAGUUUUGUCUCAAGUUGGUAAGUUUCUGCAUCGUUUAUGUGUAGGCACUGGGAAACGUUUUAGGGAAACCAGGCCAGCGGACAUUCUUGGCAGAACUUUCACUAUUCUAUAUAUGCUGUAAUAAAAAGAAUGCGUCAAGUCUGCGGAUGUGUGGUUUAUUUAAAUGCUGAACACACUAUAUUCAUAGAAUAUGAUGUACUCAGUUAAUAUCUAUAACAUUGUUCAUGGUUCCCUAUUCUUUUAAAGGCACAGUUCAGCCUGUUGAACGAUGGUUUUUAAGGGGCAUUUCAGCCCUUUUAAUUGAAAAAACUAACUAGGAAAAUCAAUUAAGCAUAAUUCAAGAUCACCAAACUUAAUGUUUUUAACAUUUUAAAACCUUUAUAUUGUUAAAAACAUCCAGUUUACUGAUUUUGAAUUAUGCUUAAUUGAUUUUCCUAGUUAGUUUUUUCAAUUAAAAGGGCUGGAAUGCGCCUUAAAAACCAUCGUUCAACAGGCUGAACUGUGCCUUUAAAUGAAUAUACUGUAGAUUAGAGUUUCAAUUAGGAAGAUGUUGAAACAACACGAAAUUUGGGUAUUGAUUACAUCAGAGGGCCCUCACAUGGCACAUGCGCAGAACAGACUUAACCCUGUCUUUAAGUAUAAUUUCACAUAACGUGCAGUUACAUCACUCUUAUUUUUACACAUCUGGUUUAUUGUCUCCUUAUUCUCUUACGUCAUAAAAUAAAACCAGAUUAAAUCAACUUAUUGUUGACUUUUAUUAUUUCUUCUAGGAUUUUGUUGUGCAUAUUUAAUAUUUAUUUCAGAGAAUUUAACCAACUUUUUACCAAGAUUUACGAGGUAAAGUACUGUUUAAUAAACGAACAGGAGUGUUUUAUUAGGUUUAAAGCUAUACGAACGCGCAGCGCGAGUGGCUUUAGACCAGGGCGCUUAUAAGCGCCCUGCUUUAGACCUAAUAAAACACGACCUGCUAGUUUACUAAACGGCUUCAAACACGACUACCAAUUCAAUAGAUAUACUGCCUUAUUAGUAUUCUUUAUAUAAAGAAUACUAAUUAGGAGUGUUUUAUCAGGUUUAAAGCCACUGCACGUGACAUAUUAUGGUUGACAUGAUUUGCCAAAAAGCUUAUGAAUUAUUAAGUGAAACAUCGUACAUUGUUACACGUUGUUAGCUGAAGCGUUUAGGCCCCGUUUACAUGAGACCGGACCAGUCUCGGCAGUAACCUCAAGUGACAUUGGAACAACACAUGCCAACAAAAGCCAUCUAAAAAGAAACUUGCUGGCAAGGGGAAUUAAUUGAAGAUUUUGUGAUCCUCGUACCGGUCUCAUGUAAACAUGUUCACAAUUUCAAUUUUCAUUCCGGUUUGACUUCGUCCCAGUCUCAUGUAAACGGGGCCAUAGAAUAAUGGGAUGAACCGAGUUGUUGAAUUAAGAGAAUGUUGAAGAAGUUGGUUGAAGAUUCAACAGUGAGAAAAUAUAGAAAAUAUUUCAACGUUUUGAGCGAAGAUCUAAUGUGAAAUAUAUGUCAACAUAAAAUUAUUAAAAUUUUUUGCACUCACUGGUGAAUUUCGCUGCCUAUUAUAGUGCAGACAAUCGCCGGUUGUUUUUCGAUAUUUUAACACAAAAUAUUUCUUCUUAGAAAUGACAAAGGUUUCGCAUAAAUGUGAAAGUCACAUAACUUGUAUUGGUUGGAAAUUCCUUUUCAGACGGUCCAAAAAUCGUCCCGGAACCCCUAGUGGGAGGGUUCCCUAAGUGGGAGGUGCCUUCGGCAUGAUAUAGCCGCCUACAUCUUUCAAAAGGCCUCAUACUCCAAAUUCUAUUGGGGAGGGAACCCUGAAAGUAUCAAGUGCUCAGCAGAAAAAUUGGAUACCAUUGGAAUACUGCUGACAUUUUCAACCUUUGUACAAUAUUUGUUUUCAGAAAUCACUACUUACUCGCUAUGGUGUUUCCACUCAUUAUUCUGACAAAUGUGAGACAGCUAAAGAAUCUAAGCAUAUUCAGGUACUUGUUGAUACAAAAAAUGAAAACCUGUGGUUUUGCCACAUGUCAGUUAUUACAUUUACAUAUAGUUAAAACUCUUCAUAGUCAGAUAUAAUCCUGGAUAUAAUCCUUAUAUAUUCUCCAGCUAGGGGCUUGUUUGUUUGUUUGUUUGUUUGUUUGUUUGUUUGUUUGUUUGUUUGUUUGUUUGUUUAUUUGUUGUUUGUUUGUCUAAAUUGUUAAUUGACCAAUGAACGUCUUCUUGCUCUAGUUUAUUUGCUGAUUUCGCGAACAUAUUUGCUUACUGUGUGGUAUUCUGGUUUGAUUUUGAGAAUUUCGAGAAAAUUGGGUAAAUAUUGAAUAGUUUUAUACUGUGCUAUAUCUUGUGCAUGUAAAAUAUUUAUUGCAUUGAAGGUUGUUUUAGUCUCUUACGCGUGAGUGCCUAUAUUGGCGUAAACUCCCGAUGUUUUUUUUAAUUAAAAAUGGGAAGAGACUUGCAUGCCUGUGAAAAGUCACACAUACAGUAGUGAUAGUCGCGGCCACCGUUCUUCCUAAUUUUUUGAAUUGAAUUUAUUAAAAAUCUGAAUGGCAGCUAACAGCUGGUAAAAGCUAAUAUACAUUAUAAUAUUACUAGAAAUUAUGUUGACAAAGAAUUAUUAUGCUUGAUUUACACUACACAACUUUUGCCUAAAACUGUCGCAUGCAACCUGCGUACAACUUGAGUUGUACUGUGUAAAUCAAGCACACAACUCACUUACAACAACAUCAACGAGUUGUGUGCUUGAUUUACACUACGCAACUUUUGCCUAAAACUGUCGCAUGCACCUGCUUACAACUUGAGUUGUACUGUGUAAAUCACGCACACAAUUCACUUACAACAACAUGAACGAGUUGUGUGCUUGAUUUACACAGUACAACUCAAGUUGUAAGCAGGAUGCAUGUGAAAGUUUUAAGCAAACGUUGUGUGGUCUUGUAGUUCGCUACAGCUACUUUGUACUUCGGGCAGAUGCCCUCGAACCGUUUCUCUAGGAGAGUGGUGCCAAUAGCCGCCUACUUCACUAAAAAAGCAGCCUUCUUGAAAUUCAAUUGGCAACCCAGAAUUUGUAACUUUCAUUGAUGUUAUGUUCUUCUAAUUUGUAAUUAGUGCUUCGAAUGGCAAGAAAAGUGAUAAACUCUAAAAACGCUAAAAUUGUAUAAACGUAUCAGUAAAGCUAAACUAAACGACAUCACAUUAUUGCAAAUUAGUAACGAAUAGCGAUUGUUGCUUGAAAAGUAAUCAACUAGUUCGCUUAUGUUAUGUUAUGUUAUGUUAUGUUAUGUUAUGUUAUGUUAUGUUAUGUUAUGUUACAGCCACAACUGUUUCAAAAGAGUAGUCAAUACUUGCAAAUUGUUAUUCGCUAUAGUAGCGAACUACAGCUACUUCGCUAUAUCCACCCUUUCUUAAAGUUCGCCCCUCCAAAUAUUGUCUGAGCUAUUCAAUUAGGUAAUAAAAUGAACAACCUAAUGACAUGAAUUAUGAUGUUUUAACCCCUGGUUGCACGACACAGGAAUGUCAUGGUAUUGGGUAACCAAAACGUAUAUGUAUGCCAUCUUGUCGAAAGUUAUCUAGUGCGAGAGUCAUCCGUUAUACUUCAAUCGCGUUAUUUAGGGAUGACAUUCAAAAUUAUUCCGCUGAAGGUUUGCCAUUUUUCAUUGGGAUUGCCGUUUACUGUUACGAGGUAAGAACACUUAACUUUCAUUCCCUUGUCAAAACUCUGACUCCUCCACAGGACAUGUUGCACCACGGGAAGGUCACACACAAAUUGGGAUCUUCCCAUGAGUCACGAGGGCCUGUGGGGGGAGGGGUCUUCCCAUGAGUCAUGAGGGCCUGUGGGGGGAGGGGGCAGCUAUACCACUACAUGUGACAUGAACGUACCGAUACGUUAAAACACCGUAAAUCAUCUGUUCUCUUGUGAGGCUUAUAUAUUUCAGGCAUGUUAAUAGAAGGGGGGAGAGGGCCUCAGCUGAGAGGAGGGCAGGGGUGGAAAAAGUAUCGGACCACGGGAUCAUUGGUCCCAGAAAAUUUUUUGAGUUCCCAGAAAAUAUUUCCCCAAGAAAGAAAAAAAGAUAAUUGUAAAAAUUUAAUAGAUAAAAGGAGAAAUUCAGAGGAAAAAUUCUAACUAAUAGAAAGAAUGUUACCUGUACUGUAGGUAUGACCUCAGAAAUAGAACAGCUAAUUUUCAAAAUUUUCUGGGGAGCAUGGAUCCCCCUGGUAGUGCCCCCUACUACUGCCUUUUUUAGCAUUUUUAUUCACCGUAGGAUUCCCACCCUUCAUCAGUGGCGUAGCUAGCGGUCCUGCUCAGCAGGACUAAAACUUUCCACAAAAUAGAGAAAUGAUUGUCCAAGUUUCAAACUGUCCAAUCUUUCAAAGUGUCCAAUCUUGAACUUGAAAAAGUCAUUGUAAUUUUUCUGGUCUUAUUCAUUAUUUUCAUUUUCUGCUUUCUAUUACAUUUACACAAUCUUAUGGCCUUGUUACCUAGCAACUGCAACUUUGCAACAGCUCAUUUCCGGGUAAUAUAUUGACUUACACGCUACUCGUGUGUCACUCCUGCUAUACCAAGAUUUUGUUGGCAUCUCAGUGAUCUCACUCAAUUGAAUAAUAGUUGAAGGGUCUUGUACAUGGGAAUUUUACAUAGUACAUUUAUUAAAUCUAACCAGGAACAGUUGCAAAAAAUGCUACUAUGGCCCUGCGAUUCUGGUGCACCGCUCUAACGAACUCGGAUUCUAACCGAUAACAGUGCUGUAACUUCGUUUACACUAUAAAGCCACGCCUAGCAAUCUAUAAUGGCGUUACCGGUAUCAACUACGGACCACAGAUUACUACGCUUGGCACUCUGGGAAGGGAAGCCUCACAUAUCGAUUUUGUACACGAGAAACGUCAUAUGUUCGGGGGUUUCAGCUUUGACGUUUCUCUGUAAUACAUCAUGGAAAAAUUCUAUAGUUUUUUUAAAGCCUUAACAUUUCGGAAUCAUCUUUGCAGAAUAUAAAAAAGAAAACAACUUGACACAAACAUCAGUCUAUACAUUCGUAAUACCAUACCUGUUCUAUACAUUUAUAUUAUUACACCUUCCUUGCAUUGGGAACACUCAAAUUUCAAGAAAAACGCCUAUAAGAACAAAAUAUCGAUAACUAUGUGUGACGUUUCUAAGGGGGAGGGUGAUGAGGUGGGUGGUAAGGGGGUCUCCAGAGAAACGUCCAUAUGACGUUUCUCAUUGACAAAAUGUGUGGCUUCCCUAACCACACAAAUUUUGUUAUUCCCUUUGGAUAUAUCUGUAAAAUCGCAGGAAAUAGCCAUUCCAGACUUCUAAAAUUCAAAAGUCAGUUUGACCACAUCACACAGUUGCAGUCCGAGUGUCAAUUUAUUUGAUUAUUUGCAGAAAAUUUUCAAUGUUCUCUUGCGGUCCCAGAAAGCAAAAUAUUUUUUCCACCCCUGGAGGAUGGUUUACUGAUUUUACUGGGGGACAAACGGGGGUUCAGCUGAAGUGUGGAGGUGGGGGCGCUGAGUAGGGAGGAGCUCGUAGUAAAUCCCCCAGAAAAGAAUUUAUUAUAAGUAAUAGCAUGACAUGAGGGAAAUUAGUGAUUAAAUGCCCCGAAAGCGAGAGAGGUUUGUGGAAUUAGUAAAUUAAUUGCCCGCUCAGAGAGAAUUUAGAGAUUUUAAUGCCCGCUUGGAACAAUAGAACCCGAGGUGAUCAUGGUAUUAUUAGAGUAAAGGAUGGGGGUUAUUUGCGUGGGGGGUAGGGUUAAAUAGAGAAUUUAUGGUACACUCGAAUGAUUAAUAAGUAUUCGGCGGUUCAGACGUGUGUAAUAUUGUGUUGUAGGGAGCAGGUAUGAUUCUUUCUUUGGAAUCUUCUGUUGCCAAAGAAUAUCGAGAUAAAUUUUAUGGGUAAGUAAUCCUUAUCAUCUUGUAACCCUUUCUAUUUACUUCGCUCCUCAAAUGCCCAGACUUUUGCAUGCUCAGAAUGACUUCUGCUUAUAAAUGGUUUUUGCGUAAUAUAUAUACUAAAACUGUCUGUACCAGUGUAGGUAGUGAAAAUACUGUGCUGAGUGGUUAUAUAAUAGCGUAAUAGCAGAAUUUUUUUGCGUAAUAGCAGAAUUAUUAAUUGCGUGAUAGCAGAAUUUUUUAUCAGGACGCAUAGUCUCAUAUCCAGCAAAACAUGAUUACGAAAGUAACCAAGACCGAUUUCAAUGUGGUGUGAAUGCAAGAAACAUUUUUUCUUGUGCGUGUGUUGAGUAGAGCGAGGUUUUUCAAAUGACAUGAAACACGAGCGCAACGACAGACGUCAGUGGAAGGAGGCACAAGGGUACAACUACCUGCAGCCUGAGACAUCUUCCCCACAAGGGUACAACUGCCUGCAGCCUGAGACAUCUUCCCCACAAGGGUACAACCACUUGUACCCUGGGACAUCUCCCCCACCGGAGUACAACCGCUUGUACCCUGGGAUAUCUUCCCCACCACUAACACUUACUGUGCCUCUGUAGCCAACGUUGCUUUGAUGAUACUGUGUUAGAGGAAUAUUAGUGUCUGUCAGCCUAAGAAUCUUUAGUACCUGUCAGCCCAGGCCUUAGGAUCUUUACUCGGCUGCCUGUAGCAGGCUUGGUCAAUUUUGGGCUACCAUUUUGUAAGUGUGACGUCACUUCUCAUAUGAAAAAGCUUAAGUGCAGGCUGGAUGUCUGUCACAACUUAUAUAUAAGCGCCUUCAUGCGCUAACUAGCAUUGCCUUACUGUUUUCAUAAAAGUAUAGCAUAAAAGUAUAUUCUCAUAAAAGUAUAUUCUUUCAUAUAAAGUAUAUAUAAGUUUAAUAUUAGGUAACAACAGUAUUGUUUCGAGUGCAAUUACUCAACUUUGAAAAACUGACAAGUUUAUGUUUUUCCAAAUUGGAAGAGAAACCAUACCGUCUAUCAAUAGACCUUUCCCCUUAUGAGUGAAAUUUUGAUCUAGACAAGUCUAGACAAAAAUGUCAUCACAGCUUGAAAGAGCAGCACAAAAUUAGUAAUAUUCCGAAGUUUCGUUGCAAAAUUUUGUAAAAUGAGGAUAAUAUAGCCUUGCGAAGUUUGCCGUUUUUCCGUCAUUUUGUAUUACAAAUGGGAAAUUGAUAAUCAGUUUGAUCAUCUGAUUAUCAAUUUCCAUUUGUAAUGCAAAAUGACUGAAAAACGGCAAACAUCGCAAGGCUAUUUUAUCCGCAUUUUACAACAUUUCGCAACGAAACUUCGGAGUAUUACUAAUUUUGUGAUGCUCUUUCAAGCUGUGAUGAAAUUUUUGUGCAAACUUGUCUGGAUCAAAAUUUCACUCAAAAGGGGAAAGGUCUAUUAGAUUGCUCGCUCUCGAUUUCUAUUUAACAAUUAGUCGCCGAAGGUGAGGUGAUUACAAGCCUAUAUUCACUGAGCCGAAGGCGAAGUGAAUAUAGGCUUGUAAUCACCGAGCCUGAGGCGACUAAUUGUUUUAGUAUAAAUUUCCAGGUAUUUACAAACAAUAAUCCACACAACUUUAUAAAAAUUUACUUCAAACAAAUUUAUUUUCACUAUAAAUAGUUUGCCAGUUUACAAAAUUUAAAUCUCAGACACGGCUCUGUGUCGCGUUGCGACUAAGCCAGUUUUUUUCCAAAUAAAAGCAUGUAAAGUUUAAUAUUUUACCUUGAAAUAUUUUUAAACCAUAUUUUGUAGCUUGUUUGGGUUUUUUCGGAAUGCUAUCUUCUUUAAUUUUGGCAAUUUCCUCUUCUGUUACUACGGCAAAACGAGCAGCCAUUUUGAAAAAAAAGCUAUAGUCACUGACCAGUGACUAUCACUUCAGAGACAGUGAAUCUUGACCAAUCAGAAUGCAGAAAAAUCAAUAGUCACCUGGAAAUUUAUACUAAGAGGUGAUAGUUGAUGAAGGCGAGGCCCGCAUCAACUAUCACCUCAUAGAAAUCGAGGGCGAGUAAUCUAAUUGUUUUAGUAGAAUCAGAUCAAACUUAAAAUAUUCCACAAAAUAAUUCAAUAAAAAACGCGAGCCGGAAGCCAUUUAAAAAAAAAUGCGCCAGGAAAAUGAUUGUUUUGCUACUCGAUAUCUAUCGAGGAAAAUCGAGGAAUAGAUAGUGAGUAGAGUAUAGCCAAUCAAAUUACAGCAUUUGCAAUAGUAUACUAGUAUGAUUCUACUAAUACUAUUAAUGAUAUACAUGAAAAUAUUAGACAACACCUUCGUACUCACCUGCGCCGUUUAAAGCCUUGUUUUCAUUGCUUGUUAGGAAAUCUUUCAUUUAUACUUCCUGUAUUCACGUUGUUACUUUCACAUACGAUUUUCAGGUAUUGCAAAACAAUUGCACUGCAGCUCUUAGCCAAACAGGAUCGAAUGAUUUUCUAUGUGUAUAUUAUUGAUGAAUGAUCUUAAACUUUUCUUUGACUGUUGUUUCAUAAUGUAUUAUCUUUUUUAAUUGCAGAAUAUUUAAACUAGCAAUAGCAGUGAUCACCUCAUUAUAUAUGACGUUCGGUGUAUGCGGAUAUCUAGUACGUACAACGAUGUUUCAUUAAAAAAAAACUUUAAACAAAUCUAAAAUAAAAUAACUCACAAUAAAUAUUGUGCCAAUUUUCUAGUCAUUUGGUGAAAAUACGAAGAGUAUUAUAACAUUGAAUCUCCCAAAUGG